GGAAAGGACACGCUUCUCCCUCAGUCUCCAAGGGAAAGGAGGGCCCGCUCACUCUCCCUUCCACAGGGCUUCCGAGCACACACCGUUUCCCACACAAUUCGAGCUCAGAUAGUCUUGCCAAUCACGAAGCAGCCCCGUCGUCGCCUGAGGUGCUGCCCGUCCCACCCUGGUAGGCGGAAGGCACCUACCGAAUACAUUGGGGUCCCUCGCCGGGCGACCACCCCGACCGCUGCCGCCAUCGCAAGCUUCUCUUGCCGGCAGUCGCUGCCCGGCUAAACUCACUCCUCCCUAACUGGCUGCCGGCGACCGGCAGAGCCCAUGAACCUGCCCCUGGCUUGUCGUCUACCUCCUUGCCUCCCUACCUAGCGGCUUUUCGAACCAAGCCCGAGGGAGGGACCUUGGCGGGGGAAGGGCGGAAGUGCCCUGUGGGCGCCGCCAUCUUGCUGGGAUGGUGGUUGUAUGAGACCAAAUCUUCUCCAGUGCGUUGCUGUACUCCCUUUGGGCUGAGUGAAUGAGCGAGGACGAGGACUCGAGCAUGGCGAGAAGCCCGGCGGGCCGGCACGGGCUGGAGGAAAGAGAAGAGGACGCCAGGAAGAGUUUCGCCUCCGCGAGCUGCCUGCUAGAUACUGUCUUGAGCUCUUUGUAUGACUUUGGCGAAUCGUUACUGGAUAGAAAUGAAAAGAAAAAGAGCAAAAAGAGAAAAUCAAGCGAGAAGUUAAUACUGACAGCCAGCAAUACUCUAUCAGAAGAUAGAAAUGUGGCUUCUGAAUCUGGUGCAGUAGCUCCUGUCAAGAAGAAAAGUGCCUCCAGUUUCUUUGACAGUCUGAAAGAUGGAUCAGUUUAUAACUUUUUAAAUCAGAAAAGGGCUCUCCCAAAAUCCAGUCCCCUUGAUGCUGAACCCCCUAAAUCUGCUCGGCAGGGAAACAAAACAGAGAUUGAAGUUGUGACAUUUCAUGGUCAACGUAGAAAGAGGAAGGCCAAAUGUGAAAUUGCUGAAGAUAGUGGCUCUAAGGCAGAAAUGUCUGUUCAAGAAAGCCAUUCGGAUGGCCAGGGAUUUAACUUGGAAAAAGCCCGUUUGGAAGUGCACCAGUUUGGAAUCGCCGGGUUUGAGAAAAAAGAGCAGCGGGUUCUGGAACAAGAGCGUGCUAUCAUGUUGGGAGCAAAGCCCCCUAAAAAGCAGUAUUUGAACUACAAGAUUCUCCAACAGAAAAUCAAAGAAACAAAAGCAGCGAAGAAGGAAGACAAUGUGAUGGAAAAUAAAUCUGAUUCUCUCAAGAGGCAGAAGAAAAAAGGGUACAAAGAGAGCAACUCCAGGAGAGGGGGAGCAUGUGAUCCUGGAGCUCUUUAUUACUUGUGCAGCAGAAAAUCCAAAAAGAAGACAAAGCAGAGCAUAUUACCAACAGGGCAGGUUGGAACUUUUAAAAAUGGGACUCUGAUUCUUCGUAGUUCUGACAUAAAGAAAAUCAAAUCUUCCAAAGUCAUUAAGUGACGUCACUGCAUCAUGUUGGAACAGAAAAUGAGAUAAAUAAACUUUGUAGCAAAAGAAACUAUUUUUAAAAAAAGAACUCUUUUUUCUUGUCACCUGCUCAGAUGGUAUAGAAAAGUGUGAAGGCAGCAUAUUGUACUGUUAUUUUUAACUGGGAGACGUAGCAGCAUUCCUGUUCGUAUCAUCCUGAUAAAACAGUUUUCACAGCUUCACUAAGCUUGAUUGUGCAUGGGUAUUCUGAUUUUUAUCUAAUUUUGUAUUGUUAUGUUAAGCAGUGCACAAUAAUGAGAAAGCAUCAGAAAAUAAACCAUUGCAGUGUUGUCUAAA